ACAAGGGGCAUAGCCCAAACAAGUCUGACCACUCGGUGGAGAGGCUACUCAAUAAGAGGACCUGAAGGACUUCCCAUGGGCGUGAGGGAAAUUGCACACGCCAUCCGGGGAAGUGGACCAGGAAAUCGCUUCUUGUUUUUCAAACGGCAACUAGGCUCUAGGGGAUGGUUCGGUAAGGCUAGGUGGAGUACAGCUCUGGAGGCUAAACUUGAGCAAAGGAGUGGCCAGUCCUGUUGUUCAUAAUGAAGCCCGUCCUGCUGUCCCCUGAGUGUCUGUGAGGUUGCCCAAGAAGGCUGCGGGGCCAAUGGCCCCGUAGUGAAAAGCAGAAGUUUCUCCACAUCUGUUGAGAACAGGCUCCUAGAGACAACAGUGGUGAACAGGCAAAACAACUCGAAUCUGAAGAAAUGAAAGCUCCAAGGACAGUUGCGUUCUGCUUGGUGCUUAUUGUGAUGUGUUCUCCAGAAGCGACGUGGAGCACGACUGUACAGCCCAUUGUUCACCCUUUGAUUCUCCAUGAACAUGAACUAGCAGGGGAAGAGCCAGUGAGGCAGAAAAGAGCAGCUGCAGUGGGUGGUCCUGUGGAGGAAGAAUACACCGUGGAUAUUGAGAUCAGUUUUGAAAACAUCUCCUUCCUGGAGUCUGUCAAAGCUCACUUGAACAGCCUCAGUUUUCCACUUCAAGGAAACAGCACUGACCCAACCUCCGACAUCGUGAGCAUAGCAGUGACAACAGUGUGCACACCUGCUGGAAAUGACCUCUUGUGUUCCUGUGAAAAAGGCUAUGUUUGGCCUCGGGAAAGGUGUCUCCACAGUCUCACUUGUCAAGAGCAUGACGGUGCCCUGUCAGGCCACUCCUGCAGUUGUCUGAAAGGACUUCCUCCCCAGGGACCUUUCUGCCAGCUCCCAGACGCAUAUAUUACUUUAAAAAUCAAAGUCAGACUGAACAUAGGAUUUCAAGAAGACCUCAAGAACUCCUCCUCUGCCCUCUAUAGGUCCUACAAGACUGACCUGGAAAGAGCGUUCCGAGAGGGUUACAAAAUUUUACCAGGAUUCAGAUCGGUGACUGUGACACAGUUCACCAAAGGCAGCGUGGUUGUGAACUAUGAGGUCCAGUUAAAGUCGGCGCCACUGCCUGGAUCAAUUCACAAAGCCCAUGAGCAGGUCACACAGAACCUCAACCAAACUUACAGAAUGGACUACAACUCUUUCCAAGGAAUGCCGAGCAAUGAAACAAAGUUCACUGUUACCCCGGAAGUCAUCUUUGAAGGAGACCGUGUAAUCCUGGAGUGUGAAACUGAAAUCUUGCACGCCAAUGCAUCUUGGUACCAUGGAGAGAAACGCUUUGAGACCCAGAAUGGCAGCAGAUUCUCCAUUCACACCUCCACCCUCAACAACAUGAGCUUGGUCUCCAGCCUCACCAUAUAUAACUUCACGAAGCAAGAUGCAGGUGAAUAUCGGUGCAAGCUGACAUUGGAUAUUUUUGAAUAUGGGGACGCCAAAAAGCUAGAUGUCACUCCCAUUCGGAUUUUGGCCAAGGAAGAAAGGAAGGUGGUGUGUGACAGCAACCCUAUAUCGCUGAAUUGCUGCAGUGAGAAUGUUGCCAACUGGAGUAGUAUUGAAUGGAAGCAGGAAGGCAAAAUAAGAAUUGUAGGGGUCCCCGAAACAGACCUAGACUCUAGCUGCAGCACUUACACCCUCAAGGCAGAUGGCACCCAGUGUCCCAGUGGGUCUUCUGGAACAACAGUCACCUACACAUGUGAGUUCGUCAGUCCCUACGGAGCCAGAGGCAGUAAGAACAUAGCUGUGACAUUCAUCUCUAUAGGAGAUAAUUCCAGCUACAAAGGGGAAGUGUCCGAGUCCCUAAGGCAUGUGAUGGAAGUGAGUACAGUUCAGAGCACCACCCGGAACAGCCUAGAAACAAGUAAAGCCCAGGAGCAGCAAGCCAACCUAACAAUAACCCCGGACCCAAUUUCUGUUUCUGAGGGACAAAGCUUUUCUAUAACAUGCCUCAGCGAUGUGAGUAACUACGAUGAGGUAUACUGGAACAUUUCAGCUGGUAUUAAAAUCCACCCAAGGUUUUAUACCAUGCGGAGUUAUCAGGGUGGAGCGGAGUCCGUGCUGACUGUGAAGACCUCCACCAAGGAGUGGAAUGGAACCUACCACUGCAUAUUUCGAUAUAAGAAUUCAUACAGUAUCGCCACCAAGGAUGUCACGGUUCACCCAUUGCCCCUGGAGUCAGACAUCAUGAUGGACCCUUUGGAAGCCAGUGGCCUGUGGUCCAGUCCCCAUCAGUUCAAGUGCUGUGUGGAGGAGGAGCGAGGGCAAGAGUACAUCGUGACUUUCCAUGUCGACUCCUCAUACUUCCCUGCCGAAAGAGAAGUCAAUGGCAAGCAAGCAUGCUACAAAUACAGCCUGCCACCAAACUUCCUUUCCCGGUGUCCCAAAAGCAUCAACGUGUUUUGCCACUUUACCAAUGCGGUCAACACCUCAGUCCGGAGCCCAUCCAUGAAGCUUACCCUUGUUCCAGGGGAGAAUAUCACAUGCAGGGAUCCUGUAAUAGGUAUCGGGGAGCCUGGGAAAGUGAUUCAGAAGCUGUGCCAGUUCUCAAGUGUUGCCAGAAGCCCCGGCCAGAUCAUCGGUGGGAUCAUCACGUACAAAUGUGUGGGCUCCCAGUGGAAGGAGGAGAAAAGGGGUUGCAUCUCAGCCCCAAUCAACGGUUUGCUCAAGCUGGCCAAGGCUUUGAUCAAGAGCCCCUCCCAGGACCAGAAGCUCCCUGCAUUCCUGAGGGACCUCUCUGUUAGUGCUGGGAAGGAGGAACAGGAUAUCCGCUCAUCUCCAGGGAGCCUGGGAGCCAUCAUCAGCAUCCUUGAUUUGCUCUCAACAGUUCCAACCCAAGUGAACUCGGAGAUGAUGAGGGAUGUGCUUGCUACCAUUAAUGUCAUCUUAGACAAGUCCACCUUGAACUCCUGGGAGAAGUUACUAGAGCAACAGAGCAACCAGAGCUCUCAGUUCCUGCAUUCAGUGGAAAGGUUUACCAAAGUGCUACAGCUGGGAGGCAAAACUCCUCCAUCCUUCUUCCACCCUAACGUUCAGAUGAAGAGCAUGAUCAUAAAACAUGGCCACCCCCAAGUCUACCAACAGAAGUUUGUCUUCCCAGACUCCGACCUGUGGGGUGAUGUCGCCAUCGAUGAGUGUCAGCUGGGAAACUUGCAGCCUGAUUCGUUUAUUGUCACUAUGGCUUUCCCGACUCUCAAGGCCAUCCUUGGCAAGGAUGCACAGAAAAAGACACCUUCCCACAGCCUAGUGAUGACAACCACUGUCAGCCACAGCAUCAUCAAGCCAUUUAGGAUUUCCAUGACUUUUAAGAACAACCAUCCUUCAGGUGGCAAGCCACAGUGUGUUUUCUGGAACUUCAGCCUUGACAGCUAUACAGGGGGUUGGGACAGCAGUGGCUGUUCUAUGGAGGAUGAUGGUAGGGACAGUAGGGACAGGGUGUUUUGCAAAUGUAACCACCUGACAUCAUUCUCCAUCCUCAUGUCCCCAGACUCCCCAGAUUCAGAAUCUCUCCUAAAAGUACUUCUGGAUAUCAUUACUUACAUCGGAUUAGGGUUUUCCAUCUUCAGCUUAGCGGCCUGUAUAGUGGUGGAAACCAUGGUGUGGAAAUCCGUGACCAAGAAUCGGACUUCCUACAUGCGGCACAUCUGCAUAGUUAACAUUGCUCUUUGCCUUCUGCUUGCUGACAUCUGGUUUAUUGUGGCUAGUGCUAUCCACAAUGGUCACUACCCACUCAACAAAACAGCCUGCGUGGCUGCCACCUUCUUCAUUCACUUCUUCUACCUCAGCGUCUUCUUCUGGAUGCUAACCCUGGGCCUCAUGCUCUUCUACCGCCUGAUUUUCAUUCUGCAUGAUGCAAGCAAGUCCACCCAGAAAGCCAUUGCCUUCACCGUAGGCUACGGCUGCCCACUCAUCAUCUCAUCCAUCACAGUGGGGGUCACCCAGCCGCAGGAAGUCUACAUGAGGAAGAAUGCAUGUUGGCUCAACUGGGAGGACACCAGAGCACUUCUGGCUUUUGCCAUCCCAGCCUUGAUUAUCGUGGUGGUGAAUGUGAGCAUCACGGUCGUGGUCAUCACCAAGAUCCUGAGACCUUCCAUCGGAGACAAGCCAGGCAAGCAGGAGAAGAGCAGCCUGUUCCAGAUCAGCAAGAGCAUCGGGGUCCUCACGCCACUCUUGGGGCUCACUUGGGGUUUUGGUCUUGCCACAGUGAUCCAGGGGAGUAAUGCUGUGUUCCACAUCAUAUUCACCCUCCUCAAUGCCUUCCAGGGGCUCUUCAUUUUACUCUUUGGCUGCCUCUGGGAUCAGAAGGUGCAGGAAGCUUUGCUGCAUAAGUUUUCGUUGUCAAGAUGGUCUUCUCAGCACUCAAAGUCGACAUCCCUAGGUUCAGCUACACCCGUGUUUUCUAUGAGCUCUCCAAUAUCCAGAAGAUUUAAUAAUCUUUUUGGUAAAACAGGCACAUAUAACGUUUCCACCCCAGAAACAACCAGUUCAUCCGUGGAAAAUUCCUCCAGUGCUUACUCGCUGCUCAACUAGGACCAGACAAAGCCAAAUCUGCAGGACCACUCAGAAACAGGGCAGACUUGUGCUGAGAAAAAGGGACCCAUUCCCAUCUAUGGGUUAAGUGUUCUCUCUGCAGACUGCUGGAAGCCGAUGCUGAAGAGACUUGGUGACUCGGUAACGAGGAUGCUCUCUUCUGUACAGACAAACUAAAAGCAAUUGCCAUGUUUAUUUUGUGCCUCCAUCCCUUGUGUAAUGCCAAAUAUGUAUAGUAUUUAAAAGAAAUCCCCCAAGGCCCGACUUUUCUAUAUGUACUGUAAAAUAGAAUUUUGAAGAGAGUUUUUCUUCCUCCCUUCCCCAGAGUGCCCCUCCCCACCACUGGCUACAAAAAUAAGUAUUGACUGAAGCCCUAAGUAAGAAGCUAGUACUCAGGAGUUCAGUGAAUUCAAGGAAGAAAGAAAGGGUUGGAGGAAGGAAGGAAGGAAGGAAAGAAGGAAGGAAGGAAGGGAGGGAGAAUAAGGUAGAAAGCAUUAGGGAGCAAAUUUGAGGUUCCCACAUCAAGAUCUAAUAUGAUCACUCAGGUAUCACUGAGACAGCACUGAGGAUGGAAAUGUAUGGCUUAAAAAUGGACAAUGGAAUAAAGUCACAGGGGACAAGCAUUGCUAAUACUUCCCAGUAAAAGUUUAGACUCCAAGACAGAGGAGAAAUAAAAAGGGAAUCAGGCCAUGGGGAUGCUUCUGGCAGGAUAAUAAUAUUUGCAAGCAAUGUACCCAAGGAGACACAUAGCCUCGUGACAAGGACAUGCAUAUGAACCUCUGCGUGUCAGGGCCUGGGCAAAGCAGGAUGAGCACGCAGAGGAAAUGUGCCAGCAACACUGUCAGAGCCAAGUAAGGAUUCAUCUCUCAGGCCUGUCAGAAAAGCACUGUGUGUUAGUUUGUUGGGUUAGUUUGUUGGACAGUUUGAAAGCAACGCUUGUAUAUGUCUAUAUUAUACCCAGUUAUUGACAAGAUUGACAUAUUGCACUGAACUCAGACUCCACAUCUGUCUUUAUGUAACAGCUUUAACCAGGUACUUUCUGUGCAUUAUAGAAUAGAUUCUAAUGGUUGCAUAGCGUGUACAGUUUUAUUAUUGUUGUUGUGAUAUCACCAUGAUAGUGGAGAUGAUGGCCCUUGGUGUGCUGUACAGCUUGCUGUGUGCUGUCUGUUCCUGAUCUUAUAACUUCCCAGGCCAAUAUACAUUCAGAGUGUCUAUGGUCUGACCUGUGUUCAUUACAGCCACUUGGAAGGCGUCUGGAGAAAAAGUACACACUAGGCUCUUCUGUGCUCCCAGGAACACUUUGCUUUGAUAAGCAAAUGGCAGGGUUCCUCCUAAGGCUUAGGUUGCUCUUGAAUUUAUACCUACGUGGGUUUUAUAUGUGUGUCUCUCAAAAAUACACACAUUUACUAAAACUCCAUCCAUGUGAGAGCUCGCCACGUUCAGUAACCAAGAGCAGUCAUACGGUUCAUAUCAAAGAGUGUGGUAUUAAAGAUGGUGUUUCUUCAUUCAUUUCGCAUUGCUAUAGGUAGAUACAGUGUCGAAAGCAACUUAAGGGAGAUAAGGUUUGUUUGGGCUCAUACUUCAAAAUGCAGUCCACUGCCGUGGGGAAAGCAUGGCCGAGGAGCAUGUGUCAGCCCAGUGUCAGCUCAGCAGUCUGGAAGUAAGUAACAGGAAGUGGGAAGGGCUAUGAACACUCACAGCCCGCCCCCUCCCUGUAGCCAGGCUCCACCUCCUAAAGGUUCCAUCAUCUUCCCAAACAGCACCCACAACCUGGUCAGGGACAGGGCAGGGAUUCAAAUACAGGAGCCUACAGGGCACAUUUCUCAUUCAACAACAAACAGCAGGCUCUCCAGGGUGGAUCAGGGUGGAUGGGCAGUGUUGGGUUUUGAGGAAUCAAAACCACUGAGUGCCCUUCAUUGGGAAGACAGGAGAGAGGAGUCUGAACUCUAGCCAUCACUCACUGACCUAGAGUCUGAAAGUUUGUCUUUAAUAUUUUUUAGCACUUUAUAAUCUCUUCCUUUUAGCUCUAAGCAUUGCUGUUCUUCAUAGAGGAAGAGGCAGGUGGGAAGACAAGGUCCCUUCCACGGCUUUUCAUUCCCACAUAAGUCCCAACUUAGUGCUGUUAUUUAAAGUCCUUACAGGGAACCAACAUUGGCACGCAAAUGUGGAUGAGUUCUCUAGGGAGUCUCCAACAUAGGACAAGAGUUCAGUAGAGAGAGAACAGCAGAGUCUAAGAUGAGGCAUCCCUUGGACCAGAGAAGGAGUGAUGGAGACUGGUUCAGCUCCCUGACUUAUGUUAAGGAGCACUGAGCCAGGACUGUUGCACAGCAUGGCAGGACAGCCUGGACAUCGGGGAAGCUGGGGAUGUGUUACUCAAGAAUGCCAAGGCCCAAGGAGCACUGAACUUUGGUUCACUUCACUUUUGCCCCUUGGGAGCCAUUGGGCUUGACCCUGUGAAGAGAAUCUCCAUCAGGGCAUAAUAGCAGGAACUUGCAGCUGAAUUCCAUAGGAUGUGGAUCUGGCCCUCUGCCUGCUUUCAUUCACAGGGACACGUUCCCCCAUCCCCAGCACGCAUGCCCACAAACUCUAAUGCACACACAAAUUCAUACACAGACCCCACAAACUGACAGAGGCAUACUGAACACACACAUAUACAUACCCAGGCUCCUAUGAACACACGUGGACACCCAAAAUUCACAGGCAUACAUGUACAGAUGUUUUCGUGUGAACUGCCACAUCUCUGUCCCAACUGAAUGGCUCAUUAUUUAAAAUUCCUAAAGGAAGUUUGUUAGUUUGUAAAUGCAAGAUUCAGCAGGGGGCCAUUCUUCUUGGGACAGACAUGUACAUAUUCAUGCCAACAUUAACACACAUAGAGACCCUGGGCCUUUUAAGGCACAGCUUUGGAUUCCAGAAAAGGCAGCUGGAGAUAUGGCUCAGUGGUUAAGAACGUGUAUUGAUCUUACAGAGGAAUCCCAAGGUUCGGUUCCAAGCACCCAUGUUGGGCAGCUCAUCACCACCUGUUACUCCAGCUGAGGGCCAUCUGUUACCCUCCUCUUGACUUUGAGGGUACUCACACACACAUAUCCCCCUCCCUGGCACACCCAUUUACACAUAAUUAAAGUUUUAAAAAUAAAUUCCAGAAAAAUCUAUGUGACAAAGCAUGGGAAGGAGUACUUAGUGGUUUUCUGCUCACAAUUCCACACUGACCUUUACUAAAAGUAAACAUUGAAUCCAAAAUUGUAAAAGAUGCAAGCACACAGGUCUGUGCAUUGCGUGAAAGCCAGAGCCUGCACCCAGUUCAGCAGCAGCAAGGCAUUCACUGUGCCAGAGGAGUGUUCAGUUACUAAGGUGUCAAGUGAACCCCGUUCACUUUGCUAAGAGAGUGCUUCCUGCUGCCCGCAUUCUCCACAUCUUUUAUUGUGUAAAGUAAAUUCCACGGGCUCCAACUUUCUUUCCUUAAUGGACUUUCCAUCAAGGCUCUUUCUUGCAAGAAGAUCUAUGCUAAUGUUUUGGAGGUUGUGAAGUUGGAGGACUCAGAACCGCACAAUCAAUACACAACAAUACUCUCAGGGACUACUCUAAGCAUCACACAUCAUCUCCCAGAGUGUAGGUCACUAAGGGAAGAAAUGAAGAAAUGCAAUGGGAAGCCAGAGGCUUUCAUGAUUUGUGCAGAGUCCUCCAGAAAGGUCUUUGUCAGAAGAAAAUGUACAUGGAGAUAAGAAAGAAUACAGCAGCCAGUCAGUGUGGAGGAAGACAUAGGAGAGUUAAUCCAGGUGAGUGGAACAGCAAGUCUCAGCCAGUUAGGAAGACAGAAGAAAAUUACCUGAGCUAUUUAUGGAGGGAUUAAGUGUUUUAUCUGUGGAUGUAGAGGUGUCGUGACAUGGGGCACUUGCACCCCAAAGAGAAAGCCAGUGACCCAGCCCAAUAGAAGCCUUGUUCCUUGAGCGUCCACAAGGGGGGAAGCUUGGAGCAGACAUCUAUUUCUUGCUUAUUUUUAAAGACAACAGAAACAGCAUUUCUAUUGCAAUCAGCUGCGGUGGAUGUCUUGAAGUUUAACUCUGAGUUUAAAUCACACCCUAUUAAUAAGUCAGUGUAUAGUGAUGCUUUCCUUCCUGAAAAUAAAAUAGCUAAUGAUUUCCCGAA